GGGUGCCAUGGAAGGUCCUACACCUGGAGCUCCUGGAUUUGCAGACGAGCUGCACAUGUCAUGGAAGGACUGGUGGCUGUAGUCGUAUUUUUGUUGGUGCGGAAGGUGUUGGCACCAUUUGCCACGGCGGACACUCACGUCUAUGAGAUUUUGUGCACUAAAGUUGCUGCCAUCAAUGAUGUGCUACCUACUAGUUGGCACCUUCCUGCAAGUAGGCUGCCAUCCUGUGCAGAGCCAAGUUUUAAUGCCAAUCUCUAUUUGAUCAUGGGUGUUUUCAAGCUUUUGGAGUGGUCAUCUGCGAAAGUAUAUCUGGAGUCCACUGCUGCUCCUGCUGCAGCCCUGACCUGCAUCUUAGUUUUCAUUCGUUGUUUCUUCAACUGUUUGGAGAGUCGUCGGCCCAAAAAGUCCGUGCAACCGAAUGGAGCACCAGCACCGUCGUCCAAGGGAACAGCCCCCGGCCAAGGGGGACUUCGACAUCGGCGGCCUGAAGAGACAUCGGAGCAGACCUUGCAAGAGAGAGAAAUCGUGGAGGACGUGAAGUUGUACUCACAAGAAGGGGAGGAUGCGGCUUUGCUGUUCUUUGUAAUGCAAUCCCUGCUCUUUCUUAUCCUUGGAUGUCUAGUGAACCGCUUGCGUGUCGCAUCUGGCCCACCCAUGAUGGUUCUGGCUGCUGCGCUGUGGGGUACGAAGCUCUACGAAGCUCUUCGCACCGUCCUGGAGAAGCAGAUUUCCAGCAGUCUUGCUGGCUGUUCUAUUGCUGGGCUUUUCUGGCCAUGUUCUCUGGAUGAUCCACCUGUUCCCGUGUCUCAAUGACCAGGAAGGUAUUUGCCAACAUACGGCAGACAAGAUUUCAAACGACGGAGAUCUUGCGGACCUGUACGAUUGGUUCAACAAUGAAGACCUGCGCAGCAGUCCUGUGCUGGCGUCAAUGAACCUGGCGGGAAGCAUGAGAGCCUUCACGGAUGUUCCGAUGAUCAUCCACCCGCAGUUCGAGUCGGAGAACUUGCGGAAACGAGUUCAAAAAGCCUAUGAGUUGUACAACUGCGGCUCAGAGGAGUCUUUUGCAAGAACCAUGAGGGAAUUGAAGGCGCAGCUGGUGAUCUUUGAGUAUUCGCGCUGUUUCUUCACGCCCUACAAGUUGGAUGACAAGCGAAAGAACUGCAAUGCAAAAAAACAUCAGACCGAAGACUUGAUGUGCUUGAAGCUCCAUGCGCGAUCUCGGUUUUUCAAGCUUGUCUUCAUGAAUGGAAACUAUGCAGUCUUCCGACUGCGCAAGGAACCACUACCAGGCUCCACUCCUAGAGCGGUAGAUGUCAGGACAUGGCUCGAUGAAGAGAGCAACUGGGAAGAGUAUGCGAGGAGAUGCUCAAGGCGAAAACCGUGUGGUGCCCGGCUGAUGGAAGCAGCAGCACAUUUCGAGCAUGGCCUUAAGAAACCGCAAGCUGCAGCUGCGAUCAGAAAGUGGGCCUUGCGACUCUUUCCAGAUGAUGGCUACGUCAACUACUACCAGGCCCGAUACUUGGACGUCGAUGCCAACAGGCCACAGGAGGCCAAGGCCUACUAUGAGAAGGCCCUGAAGAUUCUUCCGAACAACCCGAAGAUUCUCACAGAGGUGAUCCUCUUCCACGACCUGGUGCUGCAAGAUCCCAGCUUCUCCGCCAGGCUGGUGCAACGUCGCUCUAGGGACUCCAAGGGCAAAGAGAAGUCCAUCUUGGAGAUGAUGGGACCAGGAGUGGGGCUCCUGAUGUGUGAAGCAGCAGUAGCUGCCAAGACCGGUGGAAACCAAGAACUGAGCCAAAAGCUCUGGGCCCGCGCCCGGCAGCUGGUUCCGCUGGGUCAAUGUGUCAAAAACAACUGGCCCAUCAUGAAUGAUGAGAGCAAACCAGAGGACAGCUCCUAUGACCAGCACUACACACGAUGGGCGAAAAUUUGGAUGAUGGUAGCUGGAGGUGUAAACCUGGAGCUUACUCCACAUCACCAAGCAAAUGCCCGAUUUCUGGUGGAUGAUGAGAUGACACUUUGGUCAUGAACUCUGCGAAAUCGCAGCGGGGAGUGACAACAGAAGCAUACGGCCCGGCUGCGCGUAGUUCGAGAGCCUGGAGAGGGUUCCUGUGCCUGCUUAGAACAGCCAAAAAAGGCAUGG